CUCGCCUCAUCCGGUCACACAAGUGCGAGUAGAUGGCGAGAUUGAAUACGAGAGCUACUGUAGUGCAUGUCGCAGCAGUGUCGCAGUAAUGUCUCGUGCAAUGUUGUCACAAUAUACAAAACUGAUUAUUGGUAAUACCGUAAUAAAAGCGGUUACAAAAAUACUUUGCGCUGAACUAGCUCAAACUGUAGAAAAAAAGAAGAAAAAAAGAACGAUUUGGGUCAGGAAUUGGAUGCAAAGGAAAGGGGCAACGCAUACAAUAUUUAAAGAGCUAUAUAAUGAAGAUCCCCUAGAGUAUAAAGCAGUUAUGAGAAUGACACCAACACAAGUGGAAAUACUUUUAAAUUUAAUAGCUCCACAAAUUCAACGUGAAGAUAAGCACAUGAGGGCUGCUAUACCUGCAAGAGUGAAGUUGGAAAUAACUCUCGUAUUUCUUUCAUCUGGAAUAUCUUAUAGAUUGUUGUCGAUAUUGUUCAGAGUUUCAAAAGCGUCAAUCAUUAAAAUAAUACCAGAAGUGUGUGAUGCUAUAAAUGAAAGUCUAAAAGAUUUUAUCAAAGUACCGAAUUUGGAGGAAUGGAAAGAUAUACAAGUAGGAUUCUAUUCGAGGUGGAAUUUUCCGAAUUGCUGCGGUGCUAUCGAUGGUAAGCAUAUUACAAUACAAGCACCGCCAAAUUGUGGUAGUGAAUACUACAACUACAAGGGAACAAAUAGUAUAGUGCUUAUGGCAGUCGUGGAUCAUAAUUAUUGUUUUAGAUAUGUAGAUAUAGGCUCUUAUGGUCGUAAUGCAGAUGGUGGGGUGUUCCAAAACUGCUCUUUGUAUCCUUAUCUAGAAAAUAACAUAUUGUUGCCUGAAAAUGGUAUUCUAGUUGGAGAUGAUGCUUUUCCUCUAAAGCCUUACUUACUAAAGCCCUACAAAAGAACACCAACUAUAAGAGAGAAGAUAUAUAACUAUCGAUUGAGCAGAGCUAGACGAAUUGUUGAGAAUGGGUUUGGCAUUAUAGCAUCUCGUUUUCGUGUUUUGGGAAAACCAAUUCAAGUUAAAGAGGAGACGGUGAUAAAGAUCGUCUUAAGUGCGUGUACCUUACACAACUGGUUACGUAUCACUGCAUCAAGAACCUACACACCAAUAGGAUCAACAGAUUAUGAAGACAUCAUGAACUUUCAAAUCAAUGCGGGGCAGUGGAGGUCAGAUAUUGAUGAAUUACAAAGCAUCCAUCGCUCACGGAUCAAUAAUAGAUCAAAAGAAAUAGCAGAAAAAGUUCGAGAUAAAUAUAAAAAUUACUUUAAUGACGAGGGAGCUGUUACUUGGCAAAAUAAUAUGAUUGUGUGA